AUGCUGCCACCAGAGGAUAUAGGAGAUACUCAUGCUGAAUACAGGAAAGAUCUACUGCCUCAUCUUGAUGAAUGCCUUGCGGUAUGCCCGGUGGAGAUUGGUUAUUUUGAUAGUAAAUUGGGUCGAUUUCAACUUUCGUCAGCCAAAUUCAUUCAACAGACGUUGGCUUUCAUUGUUCGUGAUCAGGCCAUGAAUGCUGCAAAAUGUGGUUACGUAUAUGCUGAGCGUGGCCGUUUCAGUGAAGCAGCAUUUUACCUUUCGAUGGUGAAAGACGUAUUGGUGCAAACAUUAGGAUAUGAGCAUGAAAAAACGAUGAUAACAAUGCUUGGCCUCGCUGCAGUCUACUGGGGUCUGGGGCGUCUCGAAGAAGCUAUUGCAUUGCAAAAACGUGUCGUUAAAGCUCGAUCAAAAGUGCUAGGCCCGGAACAUCAUGACACCCUCAUUGCCAUGGAUCAACUUGGCCGGUCAUUCUGGCUAUACGGGCAGUACCAGGAGGCUCUCCAAUUGCAAGAAGUCACUACGACUCGAAUGAAAGCGACGCUAGGUGAUGAACAUCCCGAUACACUUGCGGCUCUGGAUAACCUGGGUGUGACACUCGGGUCUUGGCACAGGUUCCAGGAGAGCAGAGAAAUUCACGAGCAAGUCCUUCGAAUAAGAGAAAAGAAACUCGGCCGUACGAACCCCGACACUCUAACGACUUUGAACAAUCUUGCGAUGGCUUUGCUCGACCUUGGUAAACUCUCCGAGGCAAAAGGAAUGAUGCAGGAAGUGGUUGAGCAACGGCAACUGAAGCUAGGAAAGGAGCAUCCAUGGACAUUGUGGGCUAUUUGCAACUUAGCAAAGGUCAACAUUGAAAUUGGCUAUCUUGACGAAGCAGAGCAAAUGUUAAUAGACGGAAUAGCAGCCGGAAAACGAAGUCUUAGCGACGAACACCUUGGGGUUCUCAUGGGAUGCGGUCAACUAGCCCGAGUAUAUGCACGGCAAGGUCGACUAGAGGAAGCCGAAAAGCUUACUCUAGAUGUCAUUAGUCGAGUUGAAAAAUCUCGAGGUGAAGAGCACCCAGACUGUGUUUAUGGUAUGUUCAAGUUAGCACAGCUCUAUGAGCUACAGGGAAAAAUUGAGAAUGCCAUAGAUACCUGUGAAACCGCUUUACGGAAGGCUGGCACACGGUUAACGAAUCAACACCCGCUAUACAAAAAGAUUGAUACCUAUAUUCGCACCCUUCGACAGUCUUUUACGCCCAAACAGAACCAAGGUGAACCCGACCCUAGAGAUAAAACGCCACUACCACAUUAUUCGAAGAAUACACAACGAACCCAAACUUGGUGA